GAGGCUCCGGCUGGGGGGCUCGGUCUAUGCGGAGCGGCGGGGGCUGCCAUGGGUUCGGGGCUGCUCCGGGGCCUGUGGCCGCUCCCGCUCGUCCUGUGGAUGCGCCUCGCCGGCACCGUGCCGCCGCACGUCCAGAAGUCGGUUAACAGUGACAUGAUGGCCACUGACAGCACCAAUGGAAUGCAGUUUUCACAGUUGUGUAAAUUUUGUGAUGUGAGAGCAUCUACCUGUGACAACCAGAAACCUUGUAUGAGCAACUGCAGCAUUACAUCCAUCUGUGAGAAGAAACAUGAAGUCUGUGUGGCUGUCUGGAGAAAAAAUGACGAGAAUAUAACUCUUGAGACGGCUUGCCAUGACCCCAAAAUUCCCUACCACGGAUUUAUUCUCGAUGAUGCGGAUUCUCCAAAGUGUAUUAUGAAGGAGAAAAAGAAGUCUGGUGAGACUUUCUUUAUGUGCUCCUGUAGCUCUGAAGAGUGCAAUGACUACAUUAUCUUCUCAGAAGGUGAAAAUCCUAACAACAACCGCGACUUGUGGUUAGUCAUAUUCCAAGUGACAGGUGUCAGUCUUCUGCCACCCCUGGGGAUUGCCAUUGCCGUCAUUGUCACCUUCUACUGCUACCGUGUGCACCGGCAGCAGAAAUUGAGCCCCUCAUGGGAGACAGGCAAGCAGAGGAAACGCAUGGAACUCAGUGAGCACCUGGCCAUCAUCUUGGAGGAUGACCGCUCAGACAUCAGCUCUACGUGUGCCAACAAUAUCAACCACAACACUGAACUGCUACCCAUCGAACUGGACACACUGGUGGGCAAAGGCCGCUUUGCUGAGGUCUACAAGGCCAAGCUGAAACAAAACACUUCUGAUCAGUUUGAGACAGUGGCAGUGAAAAUCUUCCCUUAUGAGGAAUAUGCUUCCUGGAAGACAGAGAAAGAUAUUUUCUCGGAUAUUAACCUCAAACAUGAGAACAUCCUUCAGUUCCUGACAGCCGAAGAGCGCAAAACAGAAUUGGGAAAACAGUAUUGGCUGAUCACUGCUUUCCAUGCCAAGGGCAACCUGCAGGAAUACCUCACCAGGCAUGUCAUCAGCUGGGAGGACCUGCGCAAGUUGGGCAGCUCCCUGGCCCGGGGCAUUGCUCACCUGCACAGUGACCAUACCUUGUGUGGGACAGCCAAAAUGCCCAUUGUGCACAGGGACCUCAAGAGCUCCAACAUUCUUGUAAAGAAUGACCUGACUUGCUGCCUGUGUGACUUUGGUCUUUCUCUGCGUCUGGACCCAACUCUGUCUGUGGAUGAUUUGGCCAAUAGUGGACAGGUGGGAACUGCAAGAUACAUGGCCCCAGAAGUCCUAGAAUCCAGGAUGAAUUUAGAGAAUGUUGAGUCAUUCAAGCAGACAGAUGUUUACUCCAUGGCUCUGGUGCUCUGGGAAAUGACAUCUCGAUGCAAUGCAGUGGGAGAAGUGAAAGAUUAUGAGCCACCAUUUGGUUCCAAAGUGCGAGAGCAUCCCUGUGUCGAAAGCAUGAAGGACAAUGUGUUGAGAGAUCGAGGACGACCGGAAAUUCCUAGCUCCUGGUUGAACCAUCAGGGCAUCCAGAUGGUGUGUGAGACACUGACAGAGUGUUGGGACCAUGACCCAGAAGCCAGACUCACGGCCCAGUGUGUGGCUGAACGGUUUAGUGAGCUGGAGCACCUGGACCGUCUCUCAGGAAGGAGCUGCUCUGAAGAGAAGAUUCCGGAAGAUGGCACUCUGAACACUACCAAAUAGCUCUUCCAGAGCAGGCCAGGCCUACUUC